AUGUAUAUGUCAACAAACUGUACACGUAUCCAAGAUACCAUGUUCGAGACGAUCGACCUGACAGCAGUCCGGCUCGUCUUUUGCGUACUGUAUUGCUUAGUCUGGGUGGCUGCUAUUGUAGGCAAUACACUCGUACUCUACGUGGUGUCUUUUAAUCAGGUGUCGCUAUCGGUACGAAGCGUAUUCAUAGGAUGUCUUGCCGUUUCCGAUAUGCUCAUGUCACUCACCUCAUUACCAUGGACAGCGGUCAGCAUUUUCACAAGGGAAUGGAUAUUUCCUGCACCGAUAUGUAAACUGAUUGGAGUAUUCCAGGGAGGCAGCAUCUUCGUCUCAAGUUUCACCCUCACUGUAAUCGCUUUGGAUCGAUGUCUAUUGAUUUUGAAGCCAAAUAAAGAGAUAAUUGGCUACAAUCGAGCGGUGGCAAUCGUUGUAGCGAUAUGGAUUACUGGUUAUGCUCUAGCCCUACCUGUCGGUAUUUUCUCGAGAGCUAUUAGUUAUGGAGAGAUCUGUGGUGUCUUCUGCGAAGAAAUAUGGCCCGAUGCAAUGGAAACAGGCCAUUCAGCUGGUCGUCGUCUCUAUGGUCUUUCUGUGCUCCUGUCACAAUUCGGUGUACCGGCUCUAAUAUCUUCCGUUUGCUAUUGGCUUAUCAGUCGAGUAAUGUCCUCACAAUUGGAGCGACGUCGAGGUCAUACUCUU